AUGACGGUCUGGCAGUGUCGAAUAACACCACCAAGUUUGCGUGCAAUACGAAAAGCUAUCUGGUUGACCAUCAAGGCUACCGGUUCCCCGUGUCUCGAUGUCCUCACUGUCUACCGACCACCUAGGACAGACCGAAUCGCCGACACUCAACUAUUGGAGCAGUUGGAGAAAUUUUCCAGUCGACCUAACAUCAUGAUCAUGGGCGACUUCAACGCACCAGGAACAAACUGGAAUACCCUCCAAGCGUCAGGUCCAAAAUCGGCAUUCGAUUACCGCCUGUUGAGCAAAACAUUAAAUGCGUGCCUCACACAACAUGUAAUGUUCCCAACGAGAACACGUGAAGGACAAAGGGCAAACUGCCUGGAUCUGGUGUUUACGAAAACACCAGACAGCAUAGACGAAAUCGCCUCCAUGCCGCCCCUUGGCCGAAGUGACCACGUAGUGCUUAUGUGGGAUUAUUCGUUAUUCUCCAUUUUACAUACUCCAGACCACAAAAGGCGUAAUGUUUGGCGGGGCGACUUCAAUCAGAUGAGGGCAGACCUAUCCGGUCUUGACUGGGGCUCAUUGUUUACGGGAAGUGCCAACGAUGACUGUGAGCUGUUCAAGAACGUCCUUCUGCAGCUCAUCAACAACCACUGCCCACCGACUAGUGUAAGACUGAACAAACGCCCUGGGUGGCUAAAUAGCAACCUUAGGAAAGAAAUCAACAGUAAGCACAAAUUGUGGAGAAAAUACUGCGUCACUAGACAAGCUGAAUGCUUCAACACCUACAAGACACAGAGGAACAAACUGAGGAAGCUGAUAUUGCAGACGCGGCGGGAAUUCGAGAAGAACUUGCUACAAAAAGCAACGCAGAACCCAAAAUUGCUCUACAGCUACCUCCGACGAAGUACAAGGAACAGGCAUCAAAUCCCCUUGAUAAUCACUAUUGAUGACGUUGAGAUCGCUGAUAGUAGGGAUAAAGCUGCGUACUUUUCACGGUUUUUCCAAUCAGUCUACAAAAAUGAGACAAGGUUCCUUCCUUCCUCCACAGAAGAACUGCCGACUCCAAGCGUCAGUGAUAUACUCUUCUCAGAAGGCAUUGUCCGAAGAGAAUUAGAGGCAUUGAACGAAUCGAAGUCGCCAGGACCAGACGAGAUUCCAUCCAAGCUUCUGAAGGAACUUUCCAGUGAGCUCUCUGUGCCUUUGUCGAUGCUCUUUCAAACGUCAUUUGACACUGGAACACUUCCUGUCGAUUGGAAGCUGGCGCAUAUUACUCCGCUACACAAAGGAGGUAACAGGGCAGCGACGACAAAUUACCGGCCCAUAAGCUUGACAUGCAUUCUCUGCAAAGUUAUGGAAAGGAUCAUAAAGACUGAACUGAUUCAAGUCCUGGAAGUUCACGGCCUGCUAUCGAACUGCCAACAUGGGUUCCGAAAAGGAAGAUCCUGCACGACAAACCUGCUGCAAUCUCUCGAGAGCUGGACCCGAGCUCUCGACGACAGGCACGCGGUCCACAUAGCCUUCAUCGACUUCCAGAAAGCUUUCGACACUGUGCCACACCAAAAGCUCUUACAUAAGCUGGAAAAAAUAGGGAUCGGUGGCAACUUCCUUAAAUGGACCGAAAACUUCCUUGUGGGUCGACACCAGGUUGUGUGCAUCGGUCGGGGAAAAUCAGAUGUGGCUAUGGUCGAUAGUGGUGUCUUCCAGGGUUCAGUACUGGGACCCAUUUUGUUCCUUAUCUACGUGUACGAUGUCGCAAGAGAUUUAGACUGUAAAGUGGCAAUGUUUGCGGAUGACAUGAAGAUAUGGAUUGUAAUUCGGGGUCCUGCCGAUGAAGACAGACUGCAGAUGAACCUAAAUCGGUUGGAGGAGUGGUCAAACCGUUGGCUCCUGCGGUUCAACGUUGCCAAAUGUAGCAUACUUCGCCUAGGCAACACAGCCAGAUCCGCCAGCACAAGAGGCUACUUUCUGGGCGGUGCAGCCCUACAAGAGGUCGAAGCCCAAAGGGAUCUCGGUGUGCUUACGACGAGUUCCCUAAAACCAUCCGCCCACUGUUCGAGGGUGGCACAUAGCGCAAUGUCCGUACUGUACGCCAUCAAGCGUGCGUUUAUGGACUUUCACGAAGAAGUUUUCUUUUUCCUCUAA